AAUAGAUUUCAGAUAAACAUUUAAGGCCAUGCAUGUCAACACUAAGAAUUUAAUAAAUUAGCAUUAAAAAUGGUUAUGUUACAAGUAUUAAUACCGUUUGUUCUUCUAUUCAUCUGUGUCUACCUAAUAGGCAAGUAUAACGAGGUGUACUGGCGGCGGCGUGGUGUUCCUCUAUACAAGCGACAUAAAGUGACUGGCAUCUAUUGGGACUUUGUUUUUGGUGGGCGAGCCGUAUUUGAAUCACUAUGUGACGUAUAUCGCAGCUACCCCACAGCACCCGUGGUAGGAGUAGGAUGCCUACUCACACCAUCGCUGCAAGUACGUGGGGACCGAUGUGUGCGACAUGUCUUAGCUCGAGACUCUGCAGCCUUCGCUCAUCGAGGCGUCCAACCCAACCGGGGCGACCUACUUGCAGACAACGUGCUCUUCAUGCAUGGCGUGCGAUGGAAACUUAUGCGUCAAGCCCUUACACCACUAUUCACCGCCUCUAAAUUGCGCAGCAUGUAUUACAUUAUGGACCGCAGUGCCCGUGACUUCGCUGAUCACUUGGAGCAUCACCCGGAAUUAUGGACCAAAGGUGCCUACGAUACGCUUUCCACCUUUUGCAGUGCUGCCAUCGGUGCUGCCGUGUUUGGUAUUACACCUGAGUCGAUAUUUGACUCUCCAUUUCUCAACAUGGCUCAAAAAGCGUUUAAACCGACAUUCUGGAGUGAUACCAACUUGAUCCUUUCGAAUCUGAGCUUGGAGCUAUCACAGUUUCUUGGUAUCAAACUCUUCAAAGAGCAUGAGCCUCUAUUUAUUAAUGCAAUCCGGAAGGUGUUAGAGCAACGACGGCAGGAGAGUGGAGGGACAGCCAAACAUGACUUCGCGGAGCUAUGCGUGGCGCUUCAGCGAGCAGGCCGAAUUCGUGAUCCUCAACUACCAUUGGAGCUUGACCCAACCGAUGAGUUAUUAGCGGCACAGGCCUUCUUCUUUUUUAUCGCUGGCGUUGAACCAACUGCGUCCGCGCUGUUUGCGACUCUCUAUGAGUUAGGCCGUCAUCCUGAGCAUCAGAAGCGGCUUCAUCAUGAGAUAGAUGAUGUAUUCGCGGCAAAUAGCGGAGAGCUAAGCGCAGAUGCAGUAUCGGGGAUGGAGUUCCUGGAUAGCGUGGUCUGCGAAGCAUUGCGGCUUCAUCCUCCUGUAGGAUACCUCAAGAGGUUGUGUAUACGCGAUAGCGUACUUCCGACUGAUGAUGCGGGUGGCGUGCACGUUAAGUGUAAUACGCGGGUGUACGUCCCGGUGUAUGAGGCUCAUCAUGAUGCAAAUAUAUGGGAAAAUCCCGAUCAGUUUCAACCAAAACGCUUUUCAGCGGAAAAAAAGCGUCUUGUAUCAGAAUGGACAUAUCUACCGUUUGGACGUGGUGCCCGAGAGUGUAUAGGUCGUCGUUACGCAGCAUUGCAAGUAAAGGCAGGAUUAGUUCAUGUGCUACAGCGCUUCGGCGUGUUAUCACGAACGCUUCCAUGUCAUCCCUACUCGCGACAACAAUUGCAGGUGCGCCUUGAUAACGUUCAUCUGGAGUUCCACCCCAGAAAAAAAUCCUGAUUUCAUUUUCUUUAGAUAGCAAUAUUUGUGUUAGGUUUACAAACAAGAAACAUUUUGAAUAAAAAAAAGUUAUAGAUGUAA